UGGCCAUUACUGCAUUGUGAUUAUCAUCAAUAAUGGAUUUAAAUUCACAGUACCGAGAUAUGAAAGUUGAUAAUGAUAAGAUGGAUUGUUUAUUAAAUGAAUUUGCUGAAAAAAAUGUUAAGUUGGAAUUAAUGAAAGAAUUAGCCAGUAAAAGUGAAAUUAAUCUUAGGAGAAGAGAAGAAGAUUUUAAAAAUAUGGAGAAAAAAUUGGACAGUCUUCACAACAGUAUUUUUAAAAUGGAAAAUGAUUUAUGUGAAUCAAUAUGGAAAUUUGCGGCUGAGCAUGAUUUUGCGUCACUAAUUAAUAAGUUUCUAGAUGAGCCCAUGAUAAAUUAUGAAGAAAACAAUACAAUGCGUUUGAAAAAAAUUUCAAAAAUAAAAAGUGACGUACAGACAAUUAUUUCAGAGAUCAAUGACAUAAUGAUAGACAUCGACAAAUCAUUGAUAGGAAUCCAUGAAAAAUUAACCCGGAAUAUUAAUAUAGACCCAAAAAAAUUUAAUGAUUCAAAAGAUUUUGUUAGAGAAAUAAAAAUUGAAGGCAAAAAAGAUUUUAUAAAAAUUGAAAAAGAAGAUUCAAAAAUUCAAAUGAAAUUUGAAACCCCUCAGAAUAUUAAAUCCUCAAAAUUUUCAGUGAAGAAAAAGACUCCCAUCUGUAAAAAAUUUGAAAUGUCUUCUUAGUGAAUUUAUUAAAUAAUAGUAUUAGAG